AUGAAGAUGGAAUCUGAAGAUGAGACAUCCGAAUCAGGAUCAGAUGACGAAGAGCUUCACAGAAGGAUAGGAAGGAGCAACGCCUUCGUUGCCUAUGAGUCAUCUGAGAAAUCACUCGAAUCAGACGCCGAUGAUGAUGUUUCAAGUGAUGAUGAACCAAUCGCAUUCUGUCUCAUGGCAAAGACCUCUAAGGAUCAGCAAGAUGAGCUUGAAAUGCUUGAGAAGAAUCUUAGGAAAACCGAAGGAUUACUGUUUGAAGAGAUGGAGAAGAAUCAAAAGUUGAUCGAAGAGCAUGUGUUGGUCAUGGCACAAAGUUCGGAAGAGCAUUCUGGUUCUGAAGGAGAAUUGCCUCAGUUGCCACCUAUGUUUGAACGAAUGAGAUUGGCAGGACAAGGAAAAUCUUCAAAGCCUCCCAAAGCACCGAAGAAGAAACCCGUGUAUGAAUCUGAAGAAGAAAGUGAGGAAGUUUCGUCUGCUCACAAUCAACCCGAGGAUGAAUUGGUCACUGAUGCUCUAACACUUUUCUCUGAUGGAAAUUCCAAAAAGGGUGGUCGUGCCAGAGGAAAGAACACCAGUGCUGAGAUACCUGAUCCUGAAAGUUAUAAAACUCCACCUGUCAGACCACCUCAGCCUCAAAAUGCUCAUCCUGACUCCCUCAAAACCAUCGCUGAUUUUCCCGAGGAAGUGGCUAAGAGGGCGAAGGCCAAAGCCAAGCAUGAAGCUAGAGAAGCGAAGAAAAACAAAGUUGAAGCUAAAAACAUCGCGCCGACUCAGCAAGAUGCCCAGAAGAAGAAGGAUCAUCCCUCUGCUCGAAAGGAAAGCAAGGUCGGGAAAUUUGUUUCCCCUCAUGCUCCCCAAAAGAAAACCACCGUCAAGAAAUCCAAGAAGGUUGUUUCUGACUCGUCUGAUGGGUCAUCCAGCGAAGAUGUUUCUGAUGAAAUUCCUAUGUAUGAUCAACGUGCCAUUCUGAACAAGCCGUCUUUGAGCCCCUCACUAGUGAAAGUUUUGCCAUCUCCAAGGAAAUCACCGAGAUCAUUGUUUAAGCCCGCAACAAAGAGAAAGCUGCAGUCUGAAGGAAUUGCUGAUGCGUCUGCUAAGAAGGCCAGAUCAAAUGUUCCUGCUUCCACAGAGGAACAAAAGUAUGCUUUCAAGUUCUUGGUCGAUGUGAUUGACAAUGCUGCAUAUGAUGUGAAAUCUAAUGAUAUCAGCAGUCUGGGAUUGCCUGAUGAUGUUGCCAAGAUUGUAACGAAGCAAUUCAUUGAGCUGAGGAAAAUAUCCAAGAAACUGAAUCAAGGACAAGCAAGUUCUCAAGAAAAUGAGGAGAGAUGCCAACACUGA